GUUAAUUCCAGACGGACCAAAACAUCUUUCCAAAAGUUGACGUGGAGCUGUUUGUCUACAAUGGCUGCUGCUAAAGUAGAAAAUGUGAUUGAUAGCUCCACUGUCAUACAAAACCAAAAUGUGCCUUCUCAAACAAAUAACCCGCUGUCAAGGAAGCUUAACAAAAUCCUGGAGACGAGGCUCGACAAUGACAAGGAAAUGCUGGAGGCUCUGAAGGCCCUCUCUGUGUUCUUCACUGAGAACAGUUUGCGCACCAGGAGAAAUCUUCGCGGUGACAUCGAGAGAAGAAGCCUUUCCAUCAACGAGGAGUUUGCACGAAUAUUUAAGGAUGUAAAAGAGGAGCUUGAAAGUGUUCAUGAGGAUGUCCAGGCCAUGAGCACAUGUUGUGAAGAAAUGACCGACAGGUUAAAGGCUGCUAAGGACCAAACUCAAGACCUCAUCAUAAAAACCAACAAGCUGCAGGGAGAAAAGUGAGUUCUAA